AUGGCCCGUAAUCGUACCCACCGAGCUCUCAGAGUCCCACGUAGCUCUCCGCUGACACGUCUCGAUGAUCAUCGCCGAGAUGCUGUACUCUCUUUGACUGUAUUACUCGUAAUUACUACUAUCGUAUCUGCAAUCGAAGUCGAAUGGAACCGCCUAUUCCCCGAGCCAUAUCACACAUCCGUACUCUCUGGUCAUAGCUGGGUGCAGGAGCUUCUAAAUGGCCACCGGGACCGUAUGAAGGACAAUAUCGGCGCUCGCCCACACGUUUUCCGUGUUCUCGAGCGCGAGCUCAUCAAUCGCGGCGGAUUACGGCCUAGGCGUUGGGUCGAUACUACAGAGAUGUUGGCCAUCUUCCUAUAUCAGGCAGUGACCAACAAUUCUGUCCGUCAGACAGCUGAGCGCUUCCAAAGAAGCAACGAAACUGUUUCGAACUGCUUUCAUGACGUGCUGAAUGCCAUCAACUCGCCCGGCUUCCGCUCCGCCUAUAUGCGUCUUCCAGACGACAAGACCCCAGCACGAAUCGCACUCGAUCCCAAGCUUUCCCCCUUCCUCAAGGACUGUCGCGGGGCAAUUGAUGGGAGCCACAUGCCCGUCAACCCUCCGAGCAUCACGCGUGGUCGCUGGCGAGACCGCGAGGGGAAUCUCACUCAGAAUGUACUGGCGAUUUGCGAUUUUGAUAUGUUCUUCGUCUGGGUGAUGACAGGUGCCGAGGGCAGUGCCGCCGAUAGUGCACUGUAUGCCCACGCUGUCAAUCGCGGGGGUCUCGGGCUUCCCGAGGGCAAGUACUGGCUGGGUGAUGCAGGAUUCGCAAGCUGUGACACCCUUCUGGUGCCAUAUCGCAAUGUGCGCUACCAUCUCCGCGAGUGGCAGAUCGGAAACCGGAGGCCUCAGAAUGCCGAGGAGCUCUUCAAUCUCCGGCAUGCCCAGGCUCGCAAUAUCAUCGAGCGCAUGUUCGGCGUCCUCAAGAAGGAAUUCAAGAUGGCGUGCGAGCCCAGCGAUUAUUCCAUCCGCACUCAGUGCCUCAUUCCUAGCGCCCUCAUGCUCCUCCACAACUUCUUCAGGAUCUACGACCCAGAGCGCCACUCCGACGAGCUCCGCAUCUCGACGCAGGAUGAACUCGCACAUGCUGUGGACCCACAUGGGGACAAUGCACCCGUCGCGACGACAGCUGCGGCGGCUUCUGAGGACGCGCGUGCAUCUGCUCGCCGUGACCAGAUUGCUCAAGCGAUGUGGCGGCAAUACCAAGAGACACUGGCCCGCCGUCGUGAGCAUCGCACUUAG